CUUGCAUACAUGCGCUUCCAUCAUGCCACGGCCCGCAAAACCUCCCAUGACCCUCAAGGAGGUGAAGCGGGCAGGGAAGAAGGAAACCGGGGCAUUCAAAUUUACGGCAUCCCAACACGCUCGCGCCGAUCGUCAAGAUGCUCAGGAGGAGAAGCGUAGGAAGGCUCUCGGCAAGGAACGACAGAGGGAGGAGAACAAACGUAAGAGAGAUAUCAAGGCUGAACGAGAUCGUAUAGUCAAACAGCGAAUGCUGGACGAAGGCCGCAUCACCAUCGAGGACACUUGGGGCAAAGUUACCUCGAGCCAGCCACGUCUGAAUCGGUUUUUUGUGCAGCGAAUCCAGCCACCGUUGAAGGCCAGUCGAUUGAGCGAACAGACCGCCAUUGACGAUUCAGAGGAUAGCCACAGCAGCUCACACGUUGGAAAUGUAUCAGAGCAGCCUAUUAAAUCUCAGGACUCGACCACAAUAGAACCACAUGUUCUGAAAAAGGCUGUGUCUGGCCAAGCUCCCCGGGACGAACCUUCUGCCUCACUUCCUGCAGUCACAACGACGUUGAUGCCCCGAUCUCCCAAUCGUAUAUCGAACACUGGGCAAUCGCUAGCCUCACAUUGCAGCCAACCGUCAACAUUGAAAGAAAGGAAGAAGCCGAAAACUAGUAUCCCCUUGUCCGAGCAUCUCCACGGAGGCAGAUCCCAUCAACUUCGUGGUGAGGAUUGCAAGGAGAACGAUGCAGCAAGCCUGGAAGAAGCCAAGGAUAUUGUAGGACCACAUUCUCGAGCACACCAAGAACAGUGCCAUCUCGACAACGACUAUGACACCGGGGAAGACUUUACCGACGAGAUAGACGACGAGACACUCCUCAUUUUGUGUUCGACUCAAAAUUCAAGGGACUCGCCGUCCCAGGAUGGCGUCAAUACGAAAACGGAGCCAGUCUUGUUUAACAAGAGCAGACAGAUGCGCCGUACCGAUGUAGACACUGAAAGAACGUCCUGUCAGUCGAUCGACAAUCAGCACAAGGUCUCAGGAUUGGCUCAACCGAGUGAAAGUUUCAGCGCAAUCUUCAAUGAGAUUGACGAUCACGACUUCCUCGCCCUUGCCGAUAAGGUCGAGGCUAGCCUAGUGCCUUCUUCGAACUGCAAUCCGGGUUCGGCACCAAACACAGAGAAGACAGCCACCCCUGAGCGACAAGAACAGGUUGAUGUCCGGAUCCUCAAACAGGUGUCAGGUUCCCACCCACAGAUGGACUCAAGUGGGGCGACAAAGGGUUCUAUUCCUAGACAGAGAAAUACAAGGCCUCUCCCUAGGCAUUCGGAAAGACCAUUGACAACGACCAUGCCUCCGUUGACAACGACCAUGCCUCCACCAAGAAAGAAGAAAAAGGGCCGGAUACUGCCCUGGGAUUUAAGGGCUGAUGAAUUUGACACCCCGGGCCCUUCCACUCAGGCGGUGAUGCUCGAACUUGUGGAGCAAGCUGAGGCAAACAUUCACACCCGCAGGCACAAAUCCUGAAGUCUCAGGUUGGCCCCAUCGUUCUCAACACUCAUGAACCCACGAAUUGAGAACUUGAACGACCAGCAGGCUUUGGAAACUGCGACCUUUGAUUUUGGAAUAUUGCAUAGCGAAUCUGGGGCGGGGCAUGCGGACCAUUGCCGCUCAGGGGCAUUUUGGAUGAGAAAAUCAGCACAAGGCAAAGGUUAAAUGGGCUCAUGGGAUUCAUGUGUAGGCAUAAAAUGAGCGUCUUCGGUCAGUACAGCAUUCGGAGCAUUGGUAUGAACCUGGGCAUUCUUAAGGUUGGAUCAAAUGAAUACAAACUCAGCUUCACCGCCUCCUCAGGCAAGAAGUGGCAGGUAC